GUGUGUUUGAGUAAUACCCUGGAAUGUGCAAUACAUCCCAAAGCCAUAGAGAGUAAGGAAAGAAUAUUCGAAAGGAACGUUCUUCAUCAUUUCUUCUAUUGCCGUAGAGCCAUUUUCUUUCUAAUUCUAUAUAUCCUAUAAAUAUCAACUCCACUCCUUCUCAUUUAACACUGCAACACCAACCACCAUCAUCUUCUUCUUCUUCGUGCUUGUUUGAUUUUCUUUAGGGGUUCCCCGAAGACUGUUUAAUCAAAAGCUCCGAAUUCCAUCUUCUGGUUUCUUUUUCUCCAUUCCUUUUUCCUUUUAACUUUGGUGUAUAACUUUAACCUGCACUUGUUUCAACUUUAUUUUCUUCUCUUUUCCCUACAUAUUAUGGACACCCUUUGAGUUUACGUGGGUUUUUUUCAUCCACGUACUACUCCAUCAAGAACUCAACCAGAUCUAUAUAUGCAUUAAUUUCUUAACUUCCCUUAUUGAAAUAUUUCCCAUUUAUUAAUUUUAUUUUCCCACAAUACACUUAUUGGUGUUGUUGAUAAUUUUUGUACAGUCAAUUAAGUGGAGGAGGAAAAGUUGCCGUCAAAUGUUCUACUUGCAGGUUCCACAGUUGUGAAUUUGAUGGAUAAUAUCAUCACUGAAGGGCAUUCUAUUUCGAGGCCACCAUAUUUCAAUGGAAGAAAUUACACCGAGUGGAAGGAGCGUAUGAAAAUAUUCAUACAAUCCGUUGACUUCAAGCUAUGGCUUCUGAUAAAAAAUGGACCAAAAGUUCCAACAAAGCUAGUAGACAAUGAAGAAGUGGAAAAAACUGAAGAUGAAUAUGAUGAAGAAGACAUGAAGAAUUUGGAAUUAGAGGCCAAAGCAAAAAAUAUUUUACAUUGUGCCUUGAACCCAGAUGUUUUUGAAAUAUUUUCAGAGGGUCCAAAUACAUCCAAGCAAAUGUGGGACGAGCUUGACAGGGUUUUCGACAGGGAAAGGACUGGUGACAACUCAUCAACUCCACAAGGACAACUCUCCAGCGAUCCAACGGCACCAGAUACAAGUCAAUUUAGCUCUCCUGAUCUUUACUUUUUACAGGAAACAAGGGAAUCCAUGAACAAAUUUCUGGAGCUUUGUGUGCCCCUUCACAAGCUUGCUCUAGAAGGCAAUUGGCAAGCAGCCAAAGUCAUCUUAGGAAAAGAUAGUAGACUGAAGCACGCAGCAAUAGCAGAUGGUUGGGCUACACUUCUGCAUGUUGCUGUAGGUGCUAACCAUGCUUCCUUUGUGAAGGAGCUGCUGCAAGAAUUCGACAACGAUCAAUACAUCUCGUUGCAAGAUUACCGGGGCAACACUGCCUUCUGCUUCGCUGUUGCAUCUGGAAACAUGGAAAUUGUUGAAUUAUUGAAGGGAAGAGAUCCACACUUGCCAACAAGAAGGGGUGGAAGUGAUUAUAUCCCUAUUCAGUUUGCUGCGAUGCAAGGAAAUUGCGACAUGACACGCUAUCUAUACGACAUCAGCAAAGAAGCGUUCGAGGAUACGGACAAGAUAAUGUUGUUCUUUACUUUUAUCAAGACCGGCAACUAUCACAUGGCCUUAAAAAUGGCAGAUGAGUGGGUAGAGCUAGCUUAUGCACGAGAUGAUAAUAACGAGACAGCUUUGCAUCUCUUGGCUGUAAAUCAAAACCCUUUGGAUUCGUGUUGUCAUUGUCCAGAGAUGGAAGGUUCCUUCCGGAUCAACCCUGACACGAAACAUGUGAUGUUUCAAUUGGUUAAUUUUCUCUGGAAAAAAAUUCUCCAGCACAAAGACCAUUCGGAGGCAAUGAGAAUCAUAAGUGAGCCUUCUCAACUAUUAUACGAUGCUGCAGAAGUUGGUAAUUUUGGAUUCUUGUCAGAGCUUAUUAGUGCUUACCCUGGCAAGAUCAUAUGGGAAGUGGACAACAAUGGGCAAAGUAUAAUUCACACAGCAGUUUCAUAUCGCCAUGCUAGCAUCUUCAAUCUCGUACAUGAAAUAGGGUUCAUUAAGGAUAUUCUAAUAUCAUAUAUUGUCAAAGAAAACAACACUUUAUUGCAUUUGGCUGCAAAGUUAGCCCCACCAGAUCGACUUGCAAUAGUUUCUGGAGCUGCAUUCCAAAUGUGCCUCGAGAUCAUAUGGUUUGAGGAGGUGAAGAAGAUAAUGCCACCAUCGUUCAUAAAUUUGAAAAACUCUGAUGGUCUAACUGCUCAACAAUUAUUCAUAAAGGAGCAUGAAGGAUUGCGGGGAAAAGGAGAGGAAUGGAUGAAACGCACUGCUGAGUUUUGUAUGCUUAUAUCAACCGUUAUUGCCACAGCGAUUUUUGCUGCGGCAAUUAACAUACCAGGUGGUAUUGAUGAUGACACAAAAAAACCAAAUUAUUUGAACAAAGCAUCAUUCCAAGUAUUUGCAAUAGCAGAUGCAGCUGCAUUCAUCUUCUCAGCAACUGCAAUUUUGAUAUUCUUGUCUAUUCUCAUCUCGCGAUAUGCGGUGUACGACUUUCACAAGUCACUGCCCUUGAAGUUAAUAUUUGGACUGAUAACUCUGUUCAUCUCCAUAGCAUGCAUGAUGGUUGCAUUUGGAAGUUCCUUCUUCAUAACCUACUACUAUGGUUUGAAGGUGCUUCCUGAUUCAAUUGCAGUACUUUCGUGUCUACCAUUGCUUCUAUAUGUAGGUUUGCAAUUUUCAUUAUGGUCAGAUAUCAUCUACUCAACAUUCUAUUGUAGGAAUCUAUUCAAGCCAAGUAAACGUAUGAUUUACCUAUCCACUACAGAACUAGAGGAGGCAUAUAAUCAGACCAUAUUUUGAUUUGUUAAAGUUGUAAUAUAUUAUCCUCGUUACAAGGUCCAAUGCAAGUUAAAAGUGUAACUUGACCGUUUAAUUUUAUAAGGUUUAAUCUAAAAUAUUUUUCAAGGCAAAUUAGUUUUUCACAGAAUUAUCCUUAAUUAAAAUUAGUCUUAGAAUGAUGUGUAAGUGAAAAAAUGUAUGACCAUGUCUAAGCGCUGUUGUGUUACAAAAAUUUUGAGAUGGCCAGGGUCCAUUCUCCACGGCCAUGCGAGACUAUUCUACGAAGUUGUUCACCACAGUCAUGGUUCAUGAGUGUUGUCAGUCACUUAAAAUUUCCCUUAUAAAUAGUGAUUUUUAAAACAGAAAUCACUAUAUUUUCCUCUGAGCGCGAUUUUGGGAGUUUUUCAAGGGAGAAUAACACUCUGAGAGCAUCCUUGACUACAGAGGAGCUUGAAGAUCACAAUUAGGAUCCUUUGUUGUAAAGUCCCUUCCUCUUUGCAAUUUAAACGUCUUCUCUUAUGAUUUAUAACUUUAUCAUUAACACGAGUUGCUAGACCCUUUAGUACGAUUAUGACAUAGUCCUACUCUUCAAUUAAAUAUAUCUUCUCGUUUUUUAUCAUUUACUUCGUCCCGUCCUUUUCAUAAUCCUAG